UGUAAUUCAAAACAACCUCAUUAUCAUACUGGUGAGUUGUUUCUUUUUGUUUGAGACGUGGCAACGACGCGUACAAUUUUCUAGCAUAACACUUCCUGCGCUGAUGAUCCAACUUGUCAGAAUCCGAAGCCGCACAUGGUUUCUGUGUUGUAGUCACGUUGAAGUUGAUUGCGCAAAACUCAAAACUGGAAACAAAAACGAAUAUUUGACAGUUUGGUGUUGUAGGUGUGUGUGUGGUGGUGUGCGAAUUCAAAUAAUCAUAUAGUGAGAGCGUUUUUGACAUGAACUGUAUGGUAAAUUGAAGAAAAAAAACAGUUUUGGAUAUUCUUAAUGAGGUUGAAAAUGAACCAGGAACCCUUAGGGGUGGCUCCCGAUAUUGUACUGCCACAAUCUCUCACAAGGUGGGACGCGACUUUACCUUCCCAAUACCUCACAGAUUACAGCACCGUUUGUGAAACUAAACAUGCUCCUUAUACUUUCCCAUGCGAUCAUGGUAUCAAUAACAGGAUCAUAUUAUGGACUGGUGAUAUAUCUUCUUUACAAGUAGACGCCAUAGUCAAUUCAACUAAUGAAUCUAUGACGGAUAGCAAUCCGGUUAGUGAUAGAAUAUAUCAAAGGGCCGGUUCAGGAUUGAAAGAAGAACUCACUUUAGACAUUAGAGAAUGUCGAACAGGAGAAGUAAAAGUAUCUCAAGGACAUGCACUGCCAGCACGAUUUAUUAUUCACACCGUAGGCCCCAAAUACAAUAUUAAAUACAAAUCCGCUUCGGAAAACACCUUACAUACUUGUUACAGGAACGUUCUGCAGAAGGCCACAGAAAUGGGUCUACAUUCAGUAGCAAUUACCGUGAUUAAUUCUGUUAAAAGAAACUAUCCACCAGACGAAGGAGCUCAUAUAGCACUGCGUACCGUGCGUCGUUUUUUUGAAAAUCACGGCAGUUCGUUAGACACUGUGAUAUUUGUUGUCGAUAAAGUAGAUUUAGGUAUUUACGAAGUUCUUUUACCGUUAUAUUUUCCACGAUCCAAAAUGGAGGAAGAAUCGGCCAGAUAUCAAUUGCCUUCCGAUAUAGGAGGACCUGACGGGGAACCAAUCAUGCCUGAUAGACAGAUACGAAUAAUUGACAAUCCACAGCAUAGUUUGCACCAUGAAGAAGAAUCAGUUGACCUUUCUUCGCAAUUGGAAACUUCUAUAAACGUCGGAGAUCAUGUUUUUAGUCAAAUGCAAGGUGAUUUAGAUCAGCAGAGGUUAUUAGGAGAGCGACCAUACGAUGACCCUUUAGCAGACAUUAUGGUUAAAGAGAUACAACAUCAAGAAAGAUACGAACGACUCUUGAGACGUGCCAAAACAGAAGACUUGACAGAAGUAUCUGGAAUUGGAUGUCUUUAUCAAAGCGGUGUGGACAGACUCGGCAGACCCGUUGUUGUUUUUAUAGGAAAAUGGUUUCCAUUCAAUCAAAUCAAUUUAGAUAAGGCAUUGUUGUAUCUAAUAACUCUUCUUGACCCUAUCGUCAAAGGAGAUUACGUUAUAGCGUAUUUCCAUACGUUAACAUCAAGUAAUAACUAUCCAUCGUUCACAUGGUUGAAAGAAGUUUAUAACGUUUUACCAUAUAAGUACAAGAAGAACCUCAAAGCCUUCUAUAUAAUUCAUCCAACGUUUUGGACAAAGAUGAUGACCUGGUGGUUCACAACAUUCAUGGCACCGGCAAUAAAACAAAAAGUAAACAGUUUACCAGGAGUGGAGUACCUAUAUGCUGUUAUGUCCCCAGAUCAAUUAGAAAUUCCAGCGUUUAUUACAGAACAUGACAUGACUAUCAAUGGUAUAAGAUACUUUCAACCCGUGACGACAUAACUGUGGGUCUAAUGAGAGUGAAAAGAAAAUUUCAAAUCUAGUAUUAACCAGUUCCCCCAGGUGAUAAGUCGCAAUAUAUUUUUCAACUAGUGCUAAAUAAGUUGUGUGUGCCAACUAAGAAAAAUAUUUUAGAACAUUAAGUGUUGAGCGCUGCAAAUAUAAUAUAGGAAAAGGCAAAACUCUAUAUUUUUCCAUUAAUUUUGUCCAUUAUUAAGCCGUAUAAUUGGUACAAAUGAUGGAGAUCUAAAGGGCUAAGCGUUAUAUUCCAGGAGUUUUAAAUCAGCUUUGUUGAAGAUUAAAAAUAGCAGUAGUAUUUUUUUUUUUGAAAAAUACAAUACAAAAAAUUAUCCACCUACAAAUUAAUUUUAGAUAUCUUUAUUUUAAAUUUAAAACUACGAUUUAAUACUUUACAUUUUUGAUAAUUGACUAAUAGAUUAGUUUUAUUGACUGAGAUUUUAAUUAUACAUUUGACGUUUGAUUAUAGAUUAUCAAUCUUGUUCUAUUGACCAAAAUGUCAAAAAAUAUACAUUUUUAUAAAAAAUUACAUUAAAUAAUUUUGGUUUACUAAUUCUGAUUUCCAAUAGUAGAAACAAAUUGAAAAUCUACUCAAAAAUCAUUGGUAUUCUUUCUCUUUGAAAAAUGAACUUUCCUACCACCACUCUUAUUGCUUGUUCUCACUAUGACUAUGAUUCCAUUUUUUUAGAAGUAUAUCCUUACCAAUGCUCCACUCUCAACAUUUCCAUUUCUAUUUCCUGUAUAAAAUUUCCAAUUUGUUUUUCUUUCCUAAUAACCUUUGUCAUUUUUUUUAAUUCUUUAAUAUUACUUAUUAUUGCGAUUUUUUUUGCAAAAUAUCAAAACUUUUUCGUUCUGACUUUGCAAAACUGGAUUCAAAUUAACACAUUAAUGCCCAGAAUUAUAAACAAUUCCUGAGAUGUUUAAAAAAUUAAAAGUGUUUUUUGUUAAAGCUGAACUAAAAUAUACCAUAAAAAAUAAACCAUUUUUUGCCUCUCAUAUAUUGUUAUCCAUUUAGUCUACACCUACAUGUACGUGUUGCACAUUUUGAUUGCAUGAGGAUGCUGCACAUAUACUUCCAUUUUGUCUUUCACUAAAAAUCUUCGGCAGUUUGUAUGGAUUCUACACCAUACUCAUCAAGUCGUUAAAAUCUUCUUCAGUUAUAAGAUAGUGUUUUGAUGGUUCCGGUAGGUAAAAAUUCCUUGUUAGAAUUACUUCUGUUAGAACUAAGAGGUGAACUACUUAUUUGAAAUAAUUUUUUCUAUGGCUCAGGUACUGGUUGUCAUGUGCAAUUGGAGUAGAUGAAGAUUCAAGGUCGGGAUAUACGAUAGGUUUUGCAUUUCUUCCUCUACACGUAUUUUACUCGGAUUUAUAAUGCAAAAGUAACAGUCAUGGAUGUGGUUUUUCGGUUCUCGCCAUAUUCUUGUUAUGGCAAAUUUUUCUCACUUUUUAUCACCUCGAUACCAACCUUAAAUAUGGAAAUAAAAAUUAAUACGUAUAUAAGAUUUGCUGAUAAAUUAACAAUUACUCACCUUUCAAACAUCUUUUACAAUAACUACAAGCAAUGUAUGGAGCCCAUGGCUUGUCUUGAUUCCGAACAGGACAGUCAAAAUAUGCUUCGUCGGUUUCACAGACAGAGAACGUAAGAUGUCUUUGGUUCAUAUUUUAUGUCUCUAACUUUAAUAAAUUGACCAAAUAUAAAACAAAAUGCAUCAGCAUCAUAUUUAUCCUAUCGCGAUGACAUUUUAACAUUUUCUAGAAAUGUACAAGACAUCUGAUCGUUGUUUAUCACCCAAGUGCCGUCUGGAGACACCCUACUCUGAUCUCACAGUAUUUUUAAAUGUAUUAUAACUAAUUGAAAUUUAUAAAAAACUUGUAUUAUUUCUAUAAUUAUCACAAAAGCUAACUUUAUAUCAAAAAAUUGUAUUUUCUUUUCGUUUUUAUGUAUAAUUGACCGAAAAAUCAUAAUAUAAACUUUAGAACAAAGAACGAAUAUGUUUUUGUUGAGUCGUGUAAUCGAUAAAGUUUUGAAUUAAUUUAUCCUGAAUUUUUAAUUUGAAAUAAGUUAUCCUGAAUGUUAUAUCUACUUGGUGUGGUUUUAAAUGUUAAUCUUUCUAAGAAAAGUAUUUUAUUUGUUAUUUUAUGAUCGGUUUUUAAAUUUUGCAUUUUACUCAAAUCAAAUUUAAUUGUCUUUGUGUUUUAUAUUGUUUACGAUGUUAAAACACUUUUACUCUGAAGCCGCUUUCCACAUGAGAGGUUCCCAAUGUUAUAUUUUAGGUUUCUGAAGAUCUACUAUGUGGUAAUUGUUUUCAUUCUGAUAAAUAGCAGGAAACACUAAACGGGAUAAGAUAAAGAAAAAGGCACUAGAAAAUAAACAAAACGGAAAUAUAUAACAGGACAGAUAAAACAAAAAAUGGCUGAAUUGGUACACACGUAUUGUAUAAAUGAAGAGAGAUUGGAGAAACUGGGGAAAAGGGAAAAUUUUUAACAGAAUUAAGGAAAAUGGCGGAAUAAAAAUGAGAGUAAAUAAAAUAGGUAUAAGAGGGACUGAGAGAUCGAAAACCUAAUCGUUUCAAUAGAUCUGUUAUGAACUAAGUAAUUUUAAUCAUUUCCGUAUAAUAAAAUUGGUCAGUGCCUUCUUUCUUUUGUCAUCUGGAUUAUAUUUUACCGAUAGUCUUUAAUUUUUGUUUUAAAAACACUAAGUACAGUUUUAUUUCAAUAUUUUUUGACAGUUUUGGUCCAAAAACAUUUUUUGAUAAUUUUAUGGUAAUAGUAAUAUAAUCAUAAUUAAUUAGUUAUAUCUUAACCUAUUGCCAGAUUAACUGUAGGUAAGUUGACUACUACUGUAAAAUAAUAAGAAUUUUUAAUAGAAAAACUAAAUCAAUUAAAUAUGAAAAUAUUGCUCAGGUGCUAUUGAGUCUAAUCUAGACUGUACCUCAACAAUAUUAUCAUGUGGUGCCAUAGUUUCUUGAUUAUCAUGUUGUGGUAUCAUUCAAAUUAGACUCCAUACUAUUUUUACUGUCUUGUAUUUUUCAAAUUGGAGUGUGUUUUAUUUAUCUCUCUAUAUUUUUAUUUUAUAUUCAUUACAAAUACAGUUUGCUCUUUAUUUAAACAAAUUAUUUAUAUUAAUUUUAAAUUUUGAGGUUAUUGAGACAUAGUUGUCUGAAUUGUUCUUCAAACUUUUUUGUAAUUCGUUUUCUAAAUGUAUAAAUUGUUUUAUGACAUUCUUCAGUUUGUCUUGAUGUGUAUUUAUUUUUUCUGUUUUGUCCUUCAGUGUGCCUCUUUUUACUUUGUUCGACCAAAACUCUAUUUUUUUUAUUAACGGAUGUAAUAAAAAAGUUUAUAUUUUGUGGUUCAUUAUUACAAACUUGAGAUUUGAUAAAACCCACAAAUUAAAGACUGUAGGUUUGCGUCGGGGCCAGUUUAUGGAAAUCAAUUUGUCAGGGAAACGUUUCCUUUCAAUAACAUAUUAUAGAGGUUUUUACUACAUAAAGAAGCUGUCUUUUUUGUGGACUGUAUCUUUAUUUUUUAUCACUUCUAUCAACAAAUUUUUAUAAAGAAGCUGGAGGAGAUUACACUUUUCCCGCGAACCUCACCCAUGUUAAAAGAAGAAGUAUUGAAACCAUGCGAUGUUGUAACUUUGGCAUGGUUGUUGGAGUGUAUUUAACACAUAUUGUAUAGGAUUGCCGCGUUCUGCUAAAACCAUGUCCUUUAAUUAUAGCCAGGGAAGUCUUACCAUUCUUAUAUUAUAAAAUUCUCUAACACUUCCACAUGCCACUCUUAAUUUGCUGUAACUACACGACCUACUGUAACCUCAAUUCUAUAACUGGCUUUCUAGAGUUACAAUUCUUGCACCAAUCAAACUUUUUAUGGUUAUUUUAAUGAUGCAGAAUAAACUCUCAUGCACCCUUCGUAAUUGAUGAUUCGAUUUCUCACGAACAAACUUAUAUAAACGACUCUCCACGUAUUCUGCAGCUCUUGAUGACCUUGAACGCCCGGAUUUCGGUUUUUAGUGUCAAAUCGGUUUCCUCAAAUUUUUUGACAUACCCUCCUUGGCGCAUAAUUCAAGUGACAACUGUAGAAUCUUCUGCGCUCUUAAGUCGCCGAAUCACCGUUAGUUGGAAAAUUUUUUGAGAAGCCUUGUAUAUGUAAUUUCACGAUUUGAUUUUCGGUUAAUUAAAAAAAGUUCUUACAGUGCGUACAAAUCAAUUAAUAAUUUUUUAAUUGGGCAAUACGCUAUUAUCACUUUCGGUUUUAUUUUAAAAAUAUCAUUUGGUUGAUUUGUGAUUUUCAUUAUAUUAAAAUUAAGAUAAAUGAAAUACACUGUAUUCGAAGUCUUGAACAGGAUGGUCGAAUUCAAUUUCAUUAGUCUUUUUUACCAUCCUGGUACUUUACAUGCUUUAAUGUGUAUAAUAUCGUUAAGUUUGAAAACCUAUCAUGUCUUAUCGGCAUUGUGAAAAAAAAUUGUUGAAUAUUUUGUUAUUUAAAAAAUGUAGAGCUAGAAACUUUGUAUCUGUUGUCCCUAAUUAAUUUGUCGUUCUAGUAUAAGUUAUACAGGAUCAUUACUCAUAAUCAUUGGGAAUAUACAAGACUGUAGCUAAAAUUUAUUUACAGGCGAAACAAAAUACACAAAUAUAUAUGCACCACAUUUAUAUGUGCAAAAUAGCUCGAUGGGCAUGUAGACGCAAGGCUUGGGAUCAUCGCUCUACUACUUUCCUCCAUUUAUUUUUGUUCAUGGGUGCUUCAUGCCAUUUUUCUACUCCUAUUUUUUCUAUAUUUUUCUUCUCUACAUGCUUCUAUCCAGUUUUUCUGUGGACGCCUCUUCCUUUUCGCUCCUUCUUCUCUUAAUAAGGAUCUUUUCACGCAACUAUUUUUCUGUCUAUAUGCCUCAUCCAACGCAGUCUUUGAUGUGACCACAUAUCCCAUCUCAACUUGACCAUCCUUCUUAUUACUUUUUUUCCCUUAUGUUUAUUUUGUUUUCUUCUUUUUUGUUCAUGGUCGUUGCCAUACGGCACCACAUGCAUAAUUAAAUAAUUGAAUAUUAAUAAUAAAUCAUUGACUAGUAGACAUUUUAUCAUUAAUGACAAAUUAAACUCUUUUCUUUAUUACUAGAUUUCUAUCAUAAAAAAGUUAAAUUCAGAACAAUCACCUAUGAUAGACCAAAAAGUUAUAAAUGAACGGUUUUUAUAAUAAUUAUAAAGGUAUACAAUUUCAACAAAUACAAGAAUUCAAUCAAUUUUUCAAGGUGGAAAAACAAAUAUCAAAAAAGCUUCAUCAAAAAUUGAAAAAAAUAUAUUAAAUGAACGGUUCCCAAGUAUAUGAUAGAACUUUUAUGAAUAAAUAAUUGAUCACUUCUUCUUGUAGAGAAAUUUAAUCAGUACAAUUUAGUUCAACCUUGUACAUUCCCAUUCAUUUCACAAUUAUUGCAUUAAUUUUUAUUAGUUGGUCAGAUUUUAUACAUUAAUUCGUAUUUAUAUAGAUUGAAACGCCAAUUAGACAGAUGUAAUACAUAAUUACUAAUAAUAAGGGACCUGGAAUUUGUACCUGAUGUACCUCUUUGAAUUAUACUUGAGAUAUUUAUUUUGUAGGUAUUCAAAUUGGAAAGUAGUUCUAUCUUGAACCAGAAGAGGUGUUUUACUGUAUAUUAUGAAUCCUAUUGUUAACUAAUAUUCAAUUUCAAAACAGAUGAACACUUAAAUAAUACGUUUUUAUGGUUUAUGUAUUAUGACUGUCUUAUUGUAUACACUAAAAAUACAGGGAUGAAAACUACUGGCCUUCUAAGCUUCUAUCUCCAUAUCUUCAUUCAAGAGUAAAUCAUUAUAUGCAUAAAUAAAAUUUUGUACUAUUGAUAUUAUAAUAUUAUUUGUCGUAUUAGUCACUUUAUUUUUUGACUUAGCAUUUAAUACUUAAACUAAGGAAGCGUCUUGCAAAAUAUAAAAUUCUUACUAUACACCAAAAUGCAUCCUUCUAAUUCAAACAUUUUGUGGAAUGUAAAAUUAAGUAUUUUUGUGAAUGGUACUCAUCCAGUUUUUCACCUUGGUCAUUGGAUGGAUAAACAUUAUUCUUAUGCUAUUAUAUUUGCCUCUUCAAAUACUUUUCAGUGUCCUCCAUCCGCCUAGUUUUUAGCUCCCCUACUAUUUUUUACACAUUUUUCUUUUAAUUCCUAAACUUGUUACUUUCUUGGUCUUUUUCGUUUUGUCUUUUGAAUUUUAAACUGCUUAUAUUAUUGAACUAAUUUUAAUAACAAUGUAAUUAUGUUUUUAUUUUAUUUAUUUUCAAAUAAAAUAUCCAAUAUUUUGCAAGAUGACUUUACCACUUACUAAUCCUCAAAUCUAUGACAUUCCUAAGAGUGCUAUUGAUAGUCACAUAUAUAUUUUUUUGCCAUGAAGUUAUAUAUUAUUAUUAUGGUGCACUAUUUUUCCAGAUUAUAGUCUAAGAGUAAGAAAUUAUAAGUUUGAUAAAUAAAUAGACACUUGGCAAUGUUUAUAAAUUCCUUACACGGUUGCCAGAUGUUAUAUUUUGAAUGGCUUAUUUUCUUUUAUUAAAAUAGUUGCCUAUAUAGUGAAUAUUGUUAAAUACUACCUUUAUAUGAAAAAAAUAUUUCUAUUAAUAUACUUUUUUCUUAAAUGUUACUAAAUGAAAUUACGUGGCGAUUGUUGAAUGUGUUUUUAUUUUAUAUAACAGUUGGAAACUCUUUAAUAUGAAUUUUAAUGGUUAUUUGUUAAAUAAAUGCAAACAGGAUAUUUUAAAAUGUUUAGCAUUUUGAUAUUAAUUAUAGAUAGUGCAUAUUUUGUCGACAAUUAUUUUAAUAAUGUGUAAUGUUCUACAUAACUCAAAAAACAAGGUUUUCUGAUUUUUCUCACAAUUGUUAAUAUGGUUUUGAAAUAUCCUGGAGGUAUGUUAAUUCUAAUCACAAUAUUGUAAAAUUUGCUAUUGCAAAUAAAGCGGAUUCACCAGAUACCAGAGUGAUCAUUUGACAACAUACCCUAUUUCCUUUCCAUAAAAUUGUAUUGAUGUGUUGACAUUCUAUGUAUAUUAUCUUCAAUGUGUUCAGUGUUGUUAAGUGUAUUGUGCUCAAUUUGUUGAAUGUUGUUGAAUGGGGUUUUUGCUCAUCGCAUUGAACACAAUAUACUAAACACAACAUACCCGAACUAAUAGAACAACAUAGAAUGUCGCUACACCAAACAACACUCAACGCAUUGAACACAAUACACCAAAUAACAACACUCAACAUAUUGAGCACAAUACACUAACCAACACUGAACACAUUGGUGUUUUGACUCAACACAUUAAAUACAAUACAUCAAAUACAACGUACACGAGCUAAUACGACAUCAACACACCCAACAGCAACACUGAAGAUAUUGAACAGAAUGUGCUCAUUGUUUUUAGUAAAUUGUAUUCAAUGCGUUAAAUUUUGUUUGGUGUAUUGACAU